GCGCACCCGCCACCGAGAGGCUCGCGUGGCGCAGGCGGGUGGCCCGGAGCGCGAGUGCCCGCAAAGGCGGCGACGGCGGCGCCCCCUCAUCAUGAGCAGAGGCUUCUCCCGAAAGAGCCACACCUUCCUGCCCAAGAUCUUUUUCCGUAAAAUGUCUUCCUCGGGGCCCAAGGAGCAGCCUGAGCUGCAGUUCCCGUUCCUGCAGGAUGAGGACACGGUGGCCACGCUGCAUGAGUGCAAGACACUCUUUAUCCUGCGUGGGCUGCCAGGAAGCGGCAAAUCCACGCUGGCGCGGCUCAUCGUGGACAAGUACCGGGAUGGCACCAAGAUGGUGUCUGCUGACAGCUACAAGAUCACCCCCGGCACACGCACCACCUUCCCAGAGGAGUACAAGCGGCUGGAUGAAGACCUGGCGGCCUACUGCCGCCGCGACGUGCGCGUCCUGGUGCUGGAUGACACCCACCAUGAGCGGGAGCGGCUGGAGCAGCUCUUUGAGGUGGCUGACCAGUACCAGUACCAGGUGGUGCUGGUGGAACCCAAGACGGCCUGGCGCCUGGACUGUGCCCAGCUCAAGGAGAAGAGUCAGUGGCAGCUGUCGGCCGAUGAGCUCAAGAAGCUCAAGCCGGGGUUGGAGAAGGACUUCCUGCCGCUCUUCUUCGGCUGGUUCCUGACCAAGAAGAGCUCCGAGAGCCUCCGCAAAGCUGGCCAGGUCUUCCUGGAGGAGCUGAGCGGCCACAAAGCCUUUAAGAAGGAGCUUCGGCACUUCAUCCCCGGGGAUGAGCCCAAGGAGAAGGUGGAACUGGUCAGCUACUUUGGGAAGAGACCCCCGGGCGUGCUGCACUGCACCACCAAGUUCUGCGACUACGGGAAGGCUGCUGGGGCUGAGGAGUAUGCCCAGCAGGAGGUGGUGAAGAAGUCUUACUGCAAAGCCUUCACACUGACCAUCUCUGCCCUCUUCGUGACACCCAAGACAGCCGGGGCCCGGGUGGAGCUGAAUGAGCAGGAGCUGCUGCUGUGGCCGAGCGAUGUGGACAAGGUGUCCCCUUCUGACAACCUGCCACGGGGGAGUCGGGCACACAUCACGUUGGGCUGCGCAGCCGACGUGGAAGCUGUGCAAACGGGCAUCGACCUCCUGGAGAUUGUGCGGCAGGAGAAGGGGGGCAGCCGCGGUGAGGAGGUGGGCGAGCUCAGCAGGGGCAAGCUCUACUCCCUGGGCAGUGGGCGCUGGAUGCUGAGCCUGGCCAAGAAGAUGGAGGUGAGGGCCAUCUUCACUGGCUACUACGGCAAGGGCAAGCCUGUGCCAACGCACGGCAGCCGCAAGGGGGGCACCUUGCAGGCCUGCACCAUCAUCUGAGCAUGUUCAAGUGGGGGGAGAGGAAAAGGUGCCUUUUCCCCUGGUCUUUAAGAUUCCUUUUUUGUUUUUAUACUCAAAAGUUAACCUGCCCGCAACUUUUUGGAAACUUGUAAUAUAACUGCCUCCCUCCCAGUGUCCGCCCCGCCCCACAUCCUUGCCCUUUAAUAGGAGCUAAACACAAGGGGGGUGGGGUGAGUAGGCACCUUCAGGAACCAGCACCAGAGCUGAUGAGGCUGGGCCGCGCUGGGCCUGGAGCUGCAGCCAGCACCCCAAACCCUAUCCUCUUCCAGGUGUUGGUGGGCCCACCCCUUGCCCAGAUCCACAUUGGCUGGGGGAGGUCCCUGCCGUCUCACUAACCCGCUGAGGGAGGUGCAAGGCAGUGGGCAGGGUGGUGGGAGGGGCAGGCAUCCAUUGCCUUGGAAGAGCAGUGGCUUUGGGAGAAACCCUGGAUUUUUGACUCCAUUUAUUAAUCACUGUAGCCUUGGGCGGGAUGGGGCCAUUUGCCAGGGUAGAAAUGGUAAUAAUUAGAUAACUGGGGAAAUAAACAGAACAGGAAGAGCCCCAGGAAGGCGAUGAUGGGCUGGCCGGUCCAGUGGUGUCCUGUGGCUCUGAUGUGUUAACACCAGAGACAGUGUGCUGGCGGGGAGCCCCAGGCUUGCUCCUGUCUGAACAUCUUGCCCCCAUGGUGUCCUCUUGGCAGGGGGCUGGCAGGCACCAAGAGCCAGGGGGCAGACCUUGAGCUGGGAAGAGGUUUUCAACAUUGCCACAUGGGCUGUGUUAUGGGGUGCCCCCCACCUCCUUCUGCUCAGUAACAGGACCUUGCUAAUCAGGUUGUCUACAGAAAGUGCUUGGAAUUUACGUUACCCUCCUGGCUCUGCCCAACCCCGGCAACUGGAAUGACUUACAAUGAAAUAAAUCUCGUUAAUCCUG